GUAGUCCGUUUACUUCGAAUUCUCACCGAGUUCCGCUCCGUGGCGCCUCCAUUUCCCGGCGUGCCCUGGGACCCCGCCGCUGCUGACGAUUGCCGGUGGUUGGGGUUGUCGGCGAGGGCUCCGCUGUGGGGAAGUGGCGAGCCCAGAGUGCGUUACUGAUAUCUCUGGGGCCAUGGAGGGGAAGUCGAAGGUGGCCCCCAGCGUGGAUUUCGACCACAGCUGCUCGGACAGUGUCGAAUAUUUGACGCUGAACUUCGGGCCUUUUGAGACUGUGCACCGCUGGAGGAGGCUGCCGCCCUGCGAUGAGUUCGUGGGAGCCAGGCGAAGUAAGCAUACUGUUGUGGCCUAUAAGGAUGCAAUCUACGUGUUUGGAGGAGACAAUGGAAAGAACAUGUUAAAUGACCUGUUACGAUUUGAUGUGAAGGACUGCUCUUGGUGCAGGGCUUUCACAACAGGAACUCCACCUGCACCCAGGUACCAUCACUCUGCUGUUGUAUAUGGAAGCAGCAUGUUUGUGUUUGGUGGCUACACUGGAGACAUUUAUUCCAACUCCAACCUUCAAAACAAGAAUGAUCUGUUUGAAUACAAGUUUGCCACAGGCCAGUGGACAGAAUGGAAAGUAGAGGGCAGGUUGCCAGUUGCAAGGUCAGCUCAUGGAGCCACAGUUUAUAGCGAUAAGCUCUGGAUCUUUGCUGGAUAUGAUGGUAAUGCAAGACUGAAUGAUAUGUGGACCAUAGGUCUCCAGGAUAGAGAGAUGGCAUGUUGGGAUGAGAUUGAGCAGAGUGGAGAGAUCCCUCCGUCAUGUUGUAACUUCCCUGUGGCUGUCUGCAAGGACAAGAUGUUUGUUUUCUCAGGACAGAGUGGAGCAAAGAUCACCAAUAAUCUUUUUCAAUUUGAAUUCAUGGAAAAAGUUUGGACAAGGAUUCCCACUGAACAUUUACUCCGUGGCUCUCCUCCCCCACCUCAAAGGCGGUACGGCCACACCAUGGUAGCAUUUGACCGACAUCUCUAUGUGUUUGGAGGUGCUGCAGAUAAUACAUUACCUAAUGAGUUACAUUGCUAUGAUGUGGACUCUCAGACAUGGGAGGUCAUUCAGCCCAGCCCAGACAGUGUGGGUAGCAAUUUAUACACAGAGGCAACAUAUGAUCCUGAUUUUAUGAUGCCCAGUGGAAGACUUUUCCAUGCUGCAGCAGUUAUUUCUGAUGCAAUGUACAUCUUUGGUGGAACAGUGGACAACAACGUAAGAAGUGGAGAGAUGUAUCGCUUUCAGUUUUCCUGCUAUCCUAAGUGUACUUUACACGAAGAUUAUGGGAGGCUGUGGGAGAACAGGCAGUUCUGUGAUGUGGAAUUUAUCCUAGGAGAGAAAGAAGAGCGCGUUAAAGGGCAUAUAGCAGUUGUCACAGCUCGAAGCAAAUGGUUAAGGAAGAAGAUUGCCCAGGCUAGAGACUGGCUGAAGCAGAAAGCCAAGCAGGAGAAUGGCGUUGAAGCAGAAACAGCAGGGACAAACCUGAAGCUGACAGGUUCCUUGCUUCAGCUGGAGGUUGUGAUCCGUGAAGCUGAGGCACAGCCAUUUGAGAUACUGAUGCAGUUUCUCUACACGGACAAAAUCAAGUACCCACGGAAAGGUCAUGUACAAGAUGUCUUAUUGAUAAUGGAUGUUUACAAGCUUGCCCUGAGCUUUCACCUGGCUCGACUGGAACAGCUGUGCUUACAGUACAUCGAGGCCUCAGUGGACCUUCAGAAUGUACUCACUGUGUGUGAGAAUGCCAACAAAUUACAGCUGGACCAGCUAAAGGAAUACUGUCUGAAUUUUGUGGUGAAGGAAUCACACUUUAACCAAGUGAUAAUGACCAAAGAAUUUGAGCAUCUUUCCACUUGCUUAAUUGUGGAGAUUGUAAGAAGGAAGCAUCAACCCCCAACACGGAUACAUUCUGAUCAGCCUGUUGACAUAGGCACCUCUCUAGUCCAGGAUAUGAAGAGCUAUCUGGAAGGAGCAGGCAUAGAGUUCUGUGACAUAACCCUACUGUUGGAUGGUCACCCUAGGCCAGCCCAUAAAGCAAUACUAGCUGCCCGGUCCAGUUAUUUUGAAGCCAUGUUUCGGUCUUUCAUGCCUGAGGAUGGACAAGUUAAUAUCUCCAUUGGUGAAAUGGUACCAAGUCGACAAGCUUUUGAGUCACUCCUUCGUUAUGUGUACUAUGGUGAAGUCAACAUGCCUCCAGAGGACUCUUUAUACUUGUUUUCAGCACCUUAUUAUUAUGGCUUCACAAACAACAGACUGCAAGCAUAUUGUAAGCAGAACCUGGAAAUGAAUGUGACAGUGGAGAAUGUACUGCAGAUUCUGGAAGCAGCUGAUAAGACUCAGGCCUUGGAUAUGAAGAAGCACUGCCUUCACAUUAUUGUACAUCACUUCACCAAGGUCUCCAAGUUGCCCAACCUACGAUCCCUAAGCCAAGCCUUGCUUCUCGACAUCAUCGAGUCAUUAGCCAAUCAUAUUUCAGACAAGCAGUGUGCAGAGCUGGGCUCGGAUAUGUGACAAUUAAUUUUAAACACUGAUUCUCAAAUUGUUACAGAAACUUUGUUCUCUGAUGCAGAUGAGUAGUAAUUUAUUUAUUGAAGUAAUUUUAUUUCAAGUAGGACAGUUCUGAAGUGAUGCUAAGGCUGUUUUGAACUACAUUUGAAUCAAGUCUUUCAUUAGGACAAGAAUAUAUUGCUGUCCAACUUUUGUUUGCUGGUUCAAACAGAAUAAAGGAGCAAGCAAUUCUACUAUUUUCAAAAAUAAACACAUGGUAAAUGACUUCGGGAGGACUAUCAGUGAUCACCCAUAUGAAGACUUGUAAAACUUGAUCAUGAAAUUUAAAACUAAUAAUCCUAUUUUACUUUCUGUUAUUCAUUCCCUUAUAAAGUUAUGAAUACUAUGAAUGACUUCAUUUUCAAAGUAACUCAGUGGUCACAGGUUUGGGAAUUGGUCUCAGUGGUUUAAUUGUCCAGUAAUUCUGAAUUUACCUGGUUCUCUACUGUUGCAUGGUAGCUAGGGGAGUGAGUGAGGUUGCAGGAUAUUCACUGAUAUUAAUGGAGCACAUAGUAAACAUAAGUUGAUUAACACUGUAUGUAAAUGAAUGCUCAUUUUCUUUAGUAGAAUUUGAUGUCAUUAAUAUUUAAUUUAGCUCUUGUCAGGCAUCACAGUUAGUAGACAUUGUAAUCAACACGUAAAAACUGAAUGAGCCAUGGCACUGAUUAUCAUGACUGUUGUAAAAGAAAAAUUGUGCAAACGCAUGUAAAUGCUACAUAUAUAAUAUUGACAUUCUAAUAAUAGAAUGAAUAUAUGAAGGGAUUUGUGAAUAAGAAACAGUGGGUUUGCCUUCUAUUCUCUUUCCUAGCUGAAAAUUAUGUUGAAACUUCUGCCUAGGUUUUAUUUCUACUAUUGUUAUUUUGCAUUGCAACUUGAUCUUGGCCAGAAAAAAAAUUCUGUAGAAUAUCUUUCAGUGCUGAAUAUAACGUUAGAUGAAAAGAUUUAUUUAUAGCUCACCAUGCAGAAGUGAGACACACUGUCUAUCAAGUUAUCCCUAAUUGUAAAAAUAUGCAAGUUACUUUUGCAAUCAGAGCAAAUAGUCUGUGCCACAUCUUGAAUUUAAUGCUCAUGCAUAUUCAUUAGGCUGUGAAUCACAGUGUAAAUGUUUUCAUUGAAUCAUGCUCUUUUCACUUGUGAGUGAAGUUUACUAAAAUUUCCAGAACUUCAUUCAUUGACAAUAGUUUUAAUUGUGCUUUGCUGUUGUACUUGGAGAGGGGAGACAAGAUAACCAGUACCUAAUAUUUAUGAUUUUCAUGUUGCCAUUUAGUUGCAUUUACAACUUGGCAUUGUAGCAUUAUGUAAUUCUAAGGCAAACACUGAAUUUAAUGAAGAAUAGCCAGUUAUUGCAAUCCUAUUUAGUAUUUGCUCAUCUCUCACCUUGUGAGAAGGUGAUUGUAACCUUGCCAGUACAAUGCCACUCUACAUUAAGGUUGAUUGCCUAGGACUGUUUUAGAAGAAUGGAUGCAGGAAAGGGGAAAGGAGUUUGGACUGAAGCAAAUAUAUUCCAAAGCUUACAGUGAUCAAAGUUCACCUUCAUAUUGAAUAUAUGUGUAAUUAAAAAAUUGUAUAACUAGUAAAUUGUAAUGGUUAAUCUAUGUAUAAAGUAAACUUUGAAAGCUCA